GCCAAUAUUAUUGUGCGUUACAAACAUCAGCACAAACCCAAUAUACCCUCCCCACUAAAGUGGUGUAGGGUAUAAUUAUUAUUUGAUUAACCAUAAAAUAACUAAACAGAGGUGUGGUCAGUACAAGAGAGGACUAAAGAACAAGAGAUCCAGUUUGUAAUAACUUAUUUAAGUACUUAUUUGUAAGCGGACGUGAUGCAUUCAGUUUGUCAAUUAUGCGCCAAAUGUAUCUGGCAACUGUGGCCCACUAUGAAGGCAUAUAAAAAAGUUCAGUAAUAAAAAGUAACUCGUAGUAUGAAUAUUAAACUACGCAAUUAGAUUGGUGAUUUUAUGAAUAUAUACUUAUUUUUGGAUUUUAAGUAACAAUAAUAGAAAUCCAACAACUGUUGACGUUAGGCAUAUAAUAAUUGGAAAAUAAAUAAAAAUCUAAGCAAAAUAAUGCCAUCAACAUGUGAAUUUAAGUUAAACAAACCUAAUGCAGUUUAUCAAAGUGGCGACACUAUUAGUGGUGAAAUUAUUUUAAAUACAACCGCUCCCAAAGAUGUCAGAGACAUAAGCAUAAUAUUCCUUGGCGAAGCAAAUGUAUGUUGGAAAAAAACUAAAAGGCUAGGAAAAGUAAAUCAAACUACUCAUUAUGAAUCAAAUGAAUUGUAUAUUGAUAACACCACAACUGUACAUGGCGAGGGAACUCUGCCUGCAGGAAUUCAUACAUAUAAUUUUCAAAUGUUUCUACCAUUUGAAUGUCCCACCUCCUGUGAGGGCCGCUAUGGUAACAUACGCUACAGUCUAACACUUAAAAUCAUAAGAAUCUACCGUUUCGAUAAUGUAUUCAAUAAAGAGUUGAAUGUUAUUAAACCACAGGAUUUAAAUCUUAAUCCAGAUUUAGGGAUUCCCAUUCAAACUGAGGAUCUCUUUACAUUCUGUUUUUGUUUGUGUUCGAAGGGUAAUAUGAAUGUCAAACUUAAUACACCCUUUGGCGGCUAUGCCAUAGGUCAAAGUGUCAAGUACUCGAUACACGUACAGAAUCAAUCGUUGAUCGAUAUUAUUGGCUAUACCAUAGAAUUUAUUCGUAAACUUACCUUUACUGCUCAUGAACCCAAACCCAAGACUCGUGACGACGAGACAAUUAUAUAUGAAAAAACUCAUCAUGUUGAAUGUUUACGUUUGACUACUCGCAUUUUCGACGGCACAUUUCCUAUACGCCCUACAACACCCUCCACUACAGGUGAGAGUAUUAUAAAGGUACAAUAUCUACUGAAUGUUACCUUAAAUAUGGCGGGUUGUAAUAAGGACAAGAGUAUACAUAUGCCAAUAUUUAUUGGUACUAUACCAUUGACAGACAAUAUACCUUUGGAAAAUUUUCCCUUUGUUACAUGCACAGCACCUGCAGUAACAUUGGAUAAGCAAACAAGUAGCAAUUUACCAUCUUGUUAUAAGGAUUUGGGUAUUUUGCAUUUUGUCAAUAAAUAUACAUUAUUUUAUAAGUUUAUUGAUAUAUUUAUAGGUCUGCCAUUAAAGGAGUGAUUCUUGUUUGAAACUGAUAAAAAUAAUAUAAUAUGGUCGUUGUUUGUCUGCAAUGGUCUUGCUGCUUAGUUGAUCUACCUCAAAUAUAUUUAAGAACUAUAUAAGAAUAUACAUAUGCUUUGGCAUUUAUUAUAUAUUACUGGAAAUAUAUUAUUUUAAAUAAAUUAUAUUCUAUUAUA